UAAACUCCAUUUUUGUUCAAAAUUAAAGCUUUUUUUUUUUCUCUCGGAUUCUGUGGGAGAAAGAUCAAUGGAAGAUUAUAAUUUGGAGAAAAAUCAUCAUCCAUGCAACUUUCAAGGGAUUAUGGAGAUGUGUUCUGCGACUGUUUCGAACUCGCCGAGUAACGGCGGCGCCGACGACCGUCGUGUAAUGAACGAUAAUUCGGUGUCGGCGUGGCGGAGGUCUUUUGUGGUGGGUAGUCAAGAUGAAGCAGCGAGCAGCGGCGCGAAGGUGGCGGAUGGUCGGUGGAGUAAUGGGUUGUCUCGUUUCAGUAAGAUUGGCGGCGGAGAGAUGAGCUCCAGCGACGGUAAGGGGAAUGUCGGCGACGGCGGGAAUUCUGAGCAGAUCUUGUUUGGUCGGAGUGUUGACCCUAAUAUGGAUCCGAGGAAACUCAAACGAAUAAUGUCGAAUCGUGUUUCAGCUCAAAAAUCAAGGCUGAAAAAGGUUCAAUAUGUAGCAGACAUGGAAAGGAAGCUGAAAGCCUUGGAGGCACAUAUAGCAAUUCUAUCUCCUCAAGUGGAGCUGUACAAAAACCAGCAGCAAGUGUUGCAAAUGGAGCAAAAGACGUUGAAUCAGAAGAUUUUGUGUUGCUCGAGGAACAAGCUCAUGAGAGACGCUGAAAUUGAAGAAAACAAAGCUGAACUGAACAGGCUGAGGGAGCUCCAUAUGAAGCAGCAGCAGCAGCAGGCUGAAGCCGCCUGGGAGACUGCUUUCCAAAUGCCGGCGGACCUUCAUGCAUCUGAGUUGAGCAACGUGGUCUCUCCCCCUCCCAAUCAAGUGGAUAACGGAGAGAGAACAGUAGGAGGAGAUGGGCUGGGUCGGUUCAACCCAGGAACCCGUUAUAAAACGGAGUACAAGUGGAUGCCAACACCUGGGCUUCGUCGAGUUUCUGAGCCCACUUCCAACCAAUUGGGCCAACAACGAGUAGGAAAGCCCAACUAAAGCCAGUGGGCCAGAUACUGGCCCCGGAUUGACAACCGCAAAUAUAAUAAAUGAAUUUGAGAACUUUUAAAAGAGU